AUGGCCUUAGCUUUGCAAAGACGUGCUAAUGUGCGACUGCCUCCUGAAGUAAACAGAAUACUUUAUGUAAGAAAUUUGCCAUACAAAAUAUCUGCAGAAGAAAUGUACGAUAUAUUUGGAAAAUAUGGUGCCAUUAGACAAAUUCGUGUUGGAAAUACACCUGAAACAAGAGGGACUGCUUUUGUGGUGUACGAAGAUAUAUUUGAUGCUAAAAAUGCGUGUGAUCAUUUGUCUGGUUUUAAUGUCUGCAAUAGGUAUUUAGUGGUAUUGUAUUAUAGAUCAAAUAAAGCCUUCAAAGGUAUGGAUAUAGAAAAGAAACAAGAAGAAUUAGAUACAUUGAAAAAGAAAUAUGGUAUUUCAACAGAAGAACUUCGUAAAUAG